GGCUGAUGACGUAGGAGCCCGCGCUUGCAGUAUUUGCAACAGGCGAAGGUGGUUGAGAAGCCGAGUUGGGGUCCGGAUAGGGGAAGUCGGGUUCAGCUGCACGGAGGUAACUCAGGCGGCCAGGUAAUAAUAUCAAGAUGCCAGGGCGCUCCAGUUCCAAUUCCAAUUCAGGUUCAACUGGUUUCAUAUCCUUCAGCGGUGUAGAGUCGGCUCUCUCCUCGUUAAAAAACUUCCAAGCGUGUAUCAACUCUGGAAUGGACACAGCUUCUAGUGUUGCUUUGGAUCUUGUGGAAACUCAGACUGAAGUGAGCAGUGAAUAUAGUAUGGACAAGGCGAUGAUUGAAUUUGCUAUAAUGGAUCGGCAACUCAACCAUUAUGUAAAAGCUGUUCAAUCUGCAAUAAAUCAUGUAAAAGAAGAACGUCCAGAAAAAAUACCAGAUUUAAAGGUAUUGGUGGAGAAGAAAUUUUUGGCUUUACAGAACAAGAAUUCUGAUGCAGACUUUCAAAAUAAUGAGAAGUUUGUACAGUUUAAACAACAGCUGAAAGAACUAAAGAAGCAAUAUGGUCUUCAAGGCGAUAGAGAGGCUGAUGGCACAGAAGGAGUGGAUGAAGAUAUGAUUGUGACCCAAAGUCAGACCAACUUCAUCUGCCCCAUUACACAGCUGGAAAUGAAGAAACCAGUGAAAAAUAAAGUGUGUGGCCACACCUAUGAGGAGGAAGCCAUUGUCCGCAUGAUUGAGUCCAAGCACAAGCGGAAGAAAAAGGCCUGUUGUCCUAAAAUUGGCUGUAGCCACACAGAUAUGAGAAUGUCAGACCUCAUCCAGGAUGAAGCACUUAGAAGGGCGAUCGAGAACCACAACAAGAAAAGACAUCGUCAAUCCCAGUAGGAAACCGUCACCUGCCGUCAGGGGUGUCAGCAGCCUACCUCCUAUCGCAGCCUCCGGGAGUGCAGCACUCAGCCACGCAGUCGGGACUGGCUGCGGAGCAUACUUUGGGGUAAACUUCAUGGUUUUAAGUAUGAUUGAAAACACUUUUCUAGUUACACAACAAAAAUGCAAGCAAAUUCUAUUGUUUAUUUUUAUGUGUUCUACAAUGUUAAAUAAAACUUUGACUAUCAGC